ACCUUUUGGCGGAUUGACAAUUUGUGGAAGGUUGUAUAAUUAGGGUCAUGACCUUUCAAGAUGGCGGCCUCCUGGAUGAUUUUGUCGAUUGAUCCUAAAACUUUGUGAUUUUCAUCAUCAAAACGCCGAAAUUCGCACUGAAGUGAUUCCUAUAACGAUACUGGUAAAGUUGCAUUAACUGUUUUAAGUGUGUUGACGAUGGGUAAACGUUACUACUGUGACUUCUGUGACCGAUCCUUUCCUGACAACCUGCCUGGAAGGAAGAAACAUCUACAAGGUGUCCAGCACCAGCGGAUCAGGAAACUACACUAUGACCAGUUCAGAGAUGCUGCUGCAAUCUUGUCAGAUGAAGCUGUGAAGAAACCUUGCAAGAAAUUUCAGAGGACAGGGGAUUGUGACUAUGGUGACAACUGCCGCUUCUCACACAUGACUCCAGACAAACUCAGGGCUCUACAGGACCAAGCAGAAGCUGACAAGAGACCUAAGCUCGAGGACAGAGUACCCACACUAGAAGACUGGCUGUCAAAGAGAAAACAGAGGAACCAACCCUCCCAUGGACACACAGACUCUUUGAACCAGAACCCAUCAUCAGAAAACACCACUGUACCAGCAGAGUACUCCCUACCCCCUGGGUUUCCCCCUCUACAUGAACUGCCACCCUCAUUACAACCACCUCCCCCUGGGGGGUGGCCAGACCAUCCUUAUGAGGAGUGGGGCUGACAAAGUCAUAGCAACAAUACAUAUGUGUACAUGUAUUUGGUUUGUAUUUGUAUUUGUAUUUAUUGAAAAUGACAUCAAUAUUAUUGGUUAUGGUAGUGGACCUUUUAAAAGGACUGCUGCAAUGUUCAGUCCAAGAAGACAAACUGCAGCACUCCCAAUAGUCCGACAAUUGUAAAUUGUUCUUUUAAUGAUAGCUGAAUAAACUUGUACAAAG